AUGGAUCUCACAUCGGAAAAAGAGAAAUCACAAGUGCACAAAUUUUUCGCGCAAUGCAUUGAGCGCCUCAAAGGAAGUGAUAAGCAGUUGCCGCAGGUACGGUAGGCGCGCGAAAAUUUGGAGUUUUUUGAUAGUAAAUAUGGCUAGGGUUACUGUAGAUCAGUUUUGGCGCCAAAAAGUUUCGAGAAAAAAAAAUGAAAAUUUGAAUUUUCUCUCACAAAACCUAAUUAUCAUUAGAGCGCACUUGCUAAUUUUCACAGAAAAUCUCUAUUUUUAGCCUCUAGGCCUAUUUUCAAGUAAAAAAAUUAAAAAUUCAAAUUUUCUCUCACAAAACCUUAUUAUCAAUAGAGCGCAUUUGCCUAUUUUCUUCCAAAUUUCACGAUUUUCAGCGUUUCAAAAGCUUCUAGGUCUAUUUUCAUGUUAAGAAUUCAAAAAUUUAAAUUUUCUCUCACAAAACGUAAUUAUCAUUAGAGCGAACUUGCCUAUUUUCUUUGAUUUUUAGCGUUUUAAACGCUUCUUGGCCUAUUUUCAAGUGAAAAAUAAAGAAUUCAAAUUUUCUCUCACAAAACCUAUUUAUCAUUAGAGCGCACUUGCCCAUUUUCUUCCAAAUUUCACGAUUUUCAGCGUUUCAAAAGCGUCUAGGCUCCUAUUUUCAUGUUAAAAAUUUGAAAAUUCAAAUUCCCCCCCCCCAUGUUCAUUAGAGCGCACUUGCCCCCUAUUUCCACCCAAAAAAUCUCCGGAUUUUUCCCAUCCAGGUCCUCACAAUGCGAGAAUUGUGCCUACGUGGCUUCGCCGUUCAUCACAGUGGAAUUUUGCCGAUAUUGAAAGAAGUUGUCGAAUUGUUGUUUCAACAGGGAUAUGUUAAGGUAAGUCUGGACAGAAACCGCGCCGCAAAAUUGCAAAAAAAGGGGCGGAGCUUGGGGAAUUUUUGACUAAAAAUGACCGGAAAUGCAUGAUUUUGAUGAGAUUUGAGUAGAAAACCAUGCGGCGAAAUUGCAGAAAAGGGGGCGGAGCUCAGAAAAUAAUCUUUCAAAAACCAUGCGGCAAAUAGAAAAAAGGGGCGGAGCUUAGAAAAUGAUCUUUUAAAAACCAUGCGGCAAAAUUGCAGAAAAGGGGCGGAGCUUAGAAAAUGAUCAUUUAAAAACCAUGCGGCAAAAUUGCAGAAAAGGGGGCGGAGCUUAGAAAAUGAUCUUUAAAAAACCAUGCCGCAAAAUUCCAGAAAAGGGGCGGAGCUUAGAAAAUGAUCUUUGAAAAACCAUGCGGCAAAAUUGCAGAUCCUCUUCGCCACAGAAACCUUCGCAAUGGGUGUAAAUAUGCCAGCACGGUGUGUUGUCUUCGAUAAUAUUGUGAAACACGACGGCACCGAGAAACGUGUCCUAAACCCGGGAGAAUACACCCAAAUGGCGGGAAGAGCUGGAAGAAGAGGUCUCGACACGACGGGUACUGUAAUUGUGUUGUGCAAAGAGAAUACGGUACAUCAACCCGAUGUUUUGAAGCAAUUAAUGAUGGGAAGUGCGUUGGAGCUGAAGAGCAAAUUUCGAGUCACUUAUUCGAUGUUGUUGAAUUUGUUGAGAGUGGAACAAUUGAAGAUUGAGGAUAUGUUGAAGAGGUUUGAGGUUUUGGCGGGAAAAUUCCACAUUUUUUUGACACCAAACAAGCCUAGGUUACUGUAGAUGAAUUUUGGCGCGAAAAUUUUACGAAUUUUGACUCUAAAUAUGCCUUGGAUCGAAAAUUUGCGAUUUUUUGACACUAAACAAGCCUAGGCUACUGUAGAUCAAUAUUGGCCCGAAAAUUUGCGAUUUUUUGAGUCUAAAUAAGGCCUUGGAUCGAAAAUUUGCGAUUUUUUGACACUAAACAUGACUAAGAUUACUGUAGAUCAAUUUUGGCGCGAAAAUUCCACACUUUUUGACACCAAACAAGCCUAGGUUACUGUAGAUCAAACCCUUUUGGACUACAGUACUCCAGGAAUUUAUCGGAGCGAAAAAUUCGAAUUUUGAAAAUUUUUUCAAAUCCACAGUAAUUUUUGCCAGGUUCUCAGGGUUACUGUAGAUCAAGUUUGGCGCCAAAAUGUUUUCCACAAAAAAAAAAUUCAAAUUUUUUUCCAGAAGCUACGUGGAAAGUAGUUCACUUCGAGAAUCGGUGGAUCGCCGAAAAAAUUGAAAGAUGUGAGUUUUACUGUAGAUUUUGGCGCCAAAAAUCCAAUGAUUUUUAGCGCGAAGGUUUUCAGAUUCAAAAAAAAAACACAAAAUUAUUAAUUUUUAGCUCAUUUUCAGCCUCAAUUUUUUUUUUCCAGAUAAACCUUCAACUCGAUUCAAUGUCUCUUUUGAAUUGUCCAAUUUGCGAUAACUCGAUUCGCGAAUUCCACUCAGCUUUAUCACAUUUCUGCCGAAAUCGCCGUGAAAUUUGGCCAAAAAUGAAUCGAGAACCAGCAAUCAAUAAAUUAUUGAUUAGCGGUCGAUUUUUGAUUGUGAACAAUGUGCAAAAUCAACUCGAAAAUGAGAUUGUGUUGUUGUUGAAGGAAAUGGUUAAUGGACAACGACGUUCACUUCAGGUACGGUAGGAUUACUGUAGGUGUUUUUGAAGCGAAAAUUUGCGACCAAACAUGCCUUGGUUACUGUAGCACUCAAUUUUUGGCUCCAAAUUCGAAAAAUUCAAAUUUUCUUUGAAAAAAUUCGAUUAUCAUCAGAGCGCACAUGCAAUUUUAGCUCGAAAAAUUCAAAUUCUCCACCCGAAAUCCUGAUUAUCAAUAGAGCGCACAUUCAAUUUUUGGCUCCAAAUUCGAAAAAAUUCAAAUUUUCUUUGAAAAAACUAGAUUAUCAUUAGAGCGCAUAUGCAUUUUAGCUCUAAAAAUCCGAAAAUCCACGUGGAAACUCGAUUUUCUCCUCAAAAAAAAAUUAAAAAUUCAAAUUUGAAUGUUAAAAAUUAAGUUAUCAAUAGAGCGCAGUUGCUCAUAAUCUUUGAAUUUUUAGCGCGAAAUUCGAAAAAUUCAAAUUUUCUUUGAAAAAACUAGAUUAUCAAUAGAGCGCACAUUCAAUUUUACCUCUAAAAAUCCGAAAAUCCACUCGAUUUUCUCCUCAAAAAAAUUCAAAAUUUCAUUUGAAACUUCAUAUUCUCAAUAGAGCGCACUUACUCAUAAUCUUUGAAUUUUUGGCGCGAAAUUCGAAAAAUUCAAAUUCUCCACCCGAAAACCUGAUUAUCAAUAGAGCGCACAUUCAAUUUUAGCUCUAAAAAUCCAAAAAUCCACUCGAUUUUCUCCUCAAAAAAUUCAAAUUUUCACUUGAAACAUUAAGUUAUCAAUAGAGCGCACUUGCUCAUAAUCUUCGAAUUUUUGGCGCGAAAUUCGAAAAAUUAAAAUUUUCCACCCAAAAACCUGAUUAUCAAUAGAGCGCACAUUCAAUUUUACCUCUAAAAAUCCGAAAAUCCACUCGAUUUUCUCCUCAAAAAAAUUCAAAAUUUCAUUUGAAACUUCAUAUUCUCAAUAGAGCGCACUUACUCAUAAUCUUUGAAUUUUUUGGCGCGAAAUUCGAAAAAUUCAAAUUCUCCACCCGAAAACCUGAUUAUCAAUAGAGCGCACAUUCAAUUUUAGCUCUAAAAAUCCAAAAAUCCACUCGAUUUUCUCCUCAAAAAAAAUUCAAAUUUUCACUUGAAACAUUAAGUUAUCAAUAGAGCGCACUUGCUCAUAAUCUUCGAAUUUUUGGCGCGAAAUUCGAAAAAUUAAAAUUUUCCUCUCACAGAUCCUCGUCGCCGUCAAAAAUCUCGACACAGCAAUUCAACUCGAUCAACACGCCGACAAAUUCCAAAAAUCGCUGACUGAUGACGAAGCCACGUGGCAAACCGAAGAGUCGCAAAUCCUGGCCACCGCCAAGUACGGUACCUGUGGGUCUCGCCACGAUUCGGACACCACCGCCAGCUUGUGGAAUUAUCGAGUUUGUGAAGUGCCGGUGGAGGCUAUUGUGGCGGUGCUCAAAAAACAGGUGAAACAAUUGGCGAGCAGUGAAAUUGUGCAGGAUUAUCAGAGGAAUAUGAUACCCAGGUUCAGGUGAGCAAAAUUUGGAGCAUUUUGAGCUCAAAUUCGAUGCUCUUCUCAUUUUUUGGAGCAUUUUGAGCCCCAACACGGUGUGUUCUGAGAUCGUGGCCUAGAAAACCAAAUCCCGAAUUUCUAGGCCGUCAAAAACUAGGCCAAGCAGUUUUUUGGUUUUCUAGGCCAGCUAAAAUCUGAUCGUGGCCUAGAAAACCAAACCCCGAAUUUCUAGGUCGUCAAAAACUAGGCCAAGCAAUAUUUUAGUUUUUUAGGCCAUCUGAAAUCUGAUCGUGGCCUAGAAAAUCGAAUCCCGAAUUUCUAGUCCGUCAAAAACUAGGCCAAGCAGUUUUUUGGUUUUCUAGGCCAGAUAAAAUUUGAUCGUGGCCUAGAAAACCAAAUCCCGAAUUUCUAGUCCGUCAAAACCUAGGUCAAGCAGUUUUUUUUGGUUUUCUAGGCCAGAUAAAAUUUGACCGUGGCCUAGAAAAUCAAUUGUUGGAUUUCUAGGCCGUCAAAAACUAGGCCAAGCAGUUUUUUGGUUUUUUAGGCCAGAUAAAAUCUGAUCGUGGCCUAGAAAAACAAAUCCCGAAUUUCUAGGCCGUCAAAAACUAGGCCAAGCAGUUUUUUGGUUUUCUAGACCUUCUGAAAUUGAACCGUGGCCUAGAAAACCAAAAAACGAAUUUCUAGGACGUCAAAAACUAGGCCAAGCAGUUUUUUUUUGAUUUUCUAGGCCAUCUGAUAUUGAACCGUGGCCUAGAAAACCGAAUCCCGAAUUUCUAGGCCGUCAAAAACUAGGCCAAGCAGUUUUUUGGUUUUCUAGGCGAGUUAAAAUUUGAUCGUGGCCUAGAAAACCAAAUACCGAAUUUCUAGGCCGUCAAAAACUAGGCCAAGCAGUUUUUUUUUUAUUUUCUAGGCCAUUUGAAAUGGCCUAGAAAAUCAAUUGUUGGAUUUCUAGUCCCCCGCGAAUUUCGAGAAAUUCCAAAUUUUCUCUUGCAGAAGUGAAGAAGUCUCCACCAACACCAUGAAAAUUCUUCAACAAUUAUCACAAGUCAAAACGGCUAUGCAAAAUGAGGAAGUUGAGGUAACUCCAAGCUGAAAAAGCUGAAAAUGCUCAAAAUUUCGAAUAAAAAAGCUGAAAAUUCAGAUUUUUAUACUGGAAAUUGACCAAAAUACGCUGAAAAUGCUCAAAAUUGAGGUGUAAGCCUGAAAUUUUCAGCCAAAUCUUAAAAAUUUCCAGAUCUACACCUACGCCGAACUCGCCGCCAAUUGUCAAAAUAUCGAUUUGAACAUGGAAGUCUCGUUUUUGGGAGCCCGUGAAAUGGAGCUCCGCGAUCGCGAAAAAUUUGGAGCACAACAUUGUGCCGAUUUUGAGACUCAUGUGGGUUACUGUAGUUUUUGGCGCGAGAAAAUUUGAAGUUUUUUGAGACUAAAUAUGACUAGGGUUACGGUUACUGUAGGUAGAUCAAAAAAGGUUACUGUAGCUUUAUUUUGGCGCGAAAUUUUGAAAUUCAAUAAAAUCAUCAAUGGAGCGCAAGUGCUCGAAAUUCAAUUUUUUUCAAUGAAAAAAAAAUAAAAAUUCAAAUUUCCCCUAUAAAAUCAUGAUUAUCAAUAGAGCGCACUUGCUCAAAACCCUCAAAAAUUCAAUUUUUUUUAUCCAAAAAAAAAAAAUAAAAGUUCAAAUUUCCCCUAUAAAAACAUGAUUAUCAAUAGAGCGCACUUGCUCAGAAUCCUCAAAAAUUCAAUUUUUUUAAUGAAAAAAAAAUAAAAAUUCAAAUUUUCUUAUAAAAAAAGAUGAUUAUCAAUAGAGCGCACUUGCUCAAAACCCUCAAAAAUUCAAUUUUUUUUAUCCAAAAAAAAAUUAUUCAAAUUUUCUUAUACAAAGCAUGAUUAUCAAUAGAGCGCACUUGCUCAGAACCCUCAAAAUUUCAAUUUUUUUAAUGAAAAAAAAAUAAAAAUUCAAAUUUCCCCUAUAAAAACAUGAUUAUCAAUAGAGCGCACUUGCUCAGAGCCCUCAAAAAUUCAAAUUUUUUUAUCCGAAAAAAAAUAAAAAUUCAAAUUUCCCCUAUAAAAAUAUGUUUAUCAAUAGAGCGCACUUGCUCAGAAUCCUCGAAAAUUCAAUUUUUUUAUCCAAAAAAAAAAUAAAAAUUCAAAUUUCCCCUAUAAAAACAUGAUUAUCAAUAGAGCGCACUUGCUCAGUUUCAAAUUUUCCAGCUCUUGGAACAUCGCCAACGUGUUCGAGUCGAACGACGAGCCGAAAAACUGAAAUUCGACUUAUCAUCCGAUGCUUUGUUGUUGAGUGAAGAAUAUCAAAAUCGAUUGGCUGUGAGUUUUUUUUUUCGGGGUGAUUUUGAGCAUUUUUGGCUCAAAUUUAACUGAAAAUCAUCAAAAAAUCCGGUUUUUUGGCUCAAAUUUCAUCUGAAACUAUAAAAAUUGGUUUUAACUUAAAUUCACCAAAAAUCAUGAAUUCUAGCUUAAAAAUAGCCUGAAAUUCAUGAUUUUUAGCUCAAAAUUAACUGAAAAUCAUCGAAAAAUCCGGUUUUUUGACUCAAAAUUCAUAAUUUUUCACCAAUUUUCCACCAGGUUCUCCAAAACCUCAACUUUGUCGAACCGAACAAAAUGGUCAGUCUAAAAGGUCGAAUCGCUUGCGAAAUUCAUCAUCAAGAACUUCUCAUCACCGAACUGAUUUUGGACAAUAAAUUCCAUUCGAGACCACCGGCCGAGUUGGCCGCUUUGUUGUCAACUUUGACGUGUCAAUAUAAUUCGGGAAAAGAACGGCUGAAAUUUGAGGAGGGCAGUGUUUUUAAUGAGGUACGGUAGGCGAUUUGACGCAUUUUGAUACUAAAUAUGCCUAGGGUUACUGUAGGGCCAAAAAUUUGCGAUUUUUUGACACCAAACAUGCCUAGGGUUACUGUAGGGCCAAAAAUUUGCGAUUUUUUGACACCAAACAUGCUAGGGUUACUGUAAGGCUAAAUAUUUGUGAUUUUUUGACACCAAACAUGCCUAGGGUUACUGUAGGGCCAAAAAUUUGCGAUUUUUUGACACCAAACAUGCCUAGGGUUACUGUAAGGCCAAAAAUUUGUGAUUUUUUGACACCAAACAUGCCUAGGGUUACUGUAAGGCCCAGAAUUUGCGAUUUUUUGACACCAAACAUGCCUAGGCCACGCCCCUUUUCUGCAAUCCUGGCACGGUUUUUUUUUUUUGCAGAUCCGCGAUUCGGUCACAGCUGUUAUGACACGUCUCGAAUCCGUCGCCGCCAAACACAAAUCUCAAAUUGCUGAUGUUGGAUGUGAAGUGGGUUACUGUAGCUACAGUAUCCUAAAAUUAUCGAUUUUUUUGCAGAUUCGAUUCGAUUUAAUGGAAGUUGUUUAUCAUUGGGCUAGCGGAAUGGUAAGAUUUUCAGGCUGAAAAUCGAAAAUCUGAAAAAUUCCCCAAAUUUUUCAGCCAUUUUCGAAAAUCAUGGAGCUCACCGAUGCUCAAGAAGGUUUGAUUGUGAAAUGUAUUCAAAGAUUGGAUGAAGUUUGUAAGGAUGUUAGGUAAGGAGUACUGUAGGCGUUUUUGGCGCGAAAUUUGAAUUAGAUUUUUCGCGUAAAAUCGUUUUGGGUUACUGUAGCUUUUGGCGCGAAAAAUUUCAAAAUUUCUUUCAGAAACGCCGGUCGAAUUGUGGGCGAUCCGGCGUUGGUCGAAAAAAUGGAAGAGGUUUCGGCGUCGAUUCGCCGCGAUAUUGUUUUUGCCGCCUCACUUUACACGUCGGUUUAG